GCGGCGGCGCCGAGGGGAGGAGACCGGCCCAUGGACCCGCGGGGCCCGGCGCCCCAGACGCUGCGCCGCCGGGACCGAGCCCAAGAUGUCGGCCUAGGCCGGGGCGCGACGACGCGGACGGGGCGGCAACGAGGCGCCGCUGCUGCCGGGACUCGCGGCUCCCGGGCCCCCGAGGGCUCGCCCUGACGGACUGGCCGAGCGGGCAGCGAGAGUCCGGCGCGUUGGGAGCGGGCCGCGCGGCACCAUGUCGGCCAAGGUGCGGCUCAAGAAGCUGGAGCAGCUGCUCCUGGACGGGCCCUGGCGCAACGAGAGCGCCCUGAGUGUGGAGACGCUGCUCGACGUGCUCGUCUGUCUGUACACCGAGUGCAGCCACUCGGCCCUGCGGCGCGACAAGUAUGUGGCCGAGUUCCUCGAGUGGGCUAAGCCGUUUACACAGCUGGUCAAGGAGAUGCAGCUUCAUCGAGAAGACUUCGAAAUAAUUAAAGUAAUCGGAAGAGGUGCUUUUGGUGAGGUUGCUGUUGUCAAAAUGAAGAACACUGAGCGAAUUUACGCGAUGAAAAUCCUCAACAAGUGGGAAAUGCUUAAGAGAGCAGAGACUGCUUGUUUCCGAGAAGAGCGCGACGUGCUGGUGAACGGCGACUGCCAAUGGAUCACUACUCUGCACUACGCCUUUCAGGACGAAAACUACCUGUACUUAGUCAUGGAUUACUACGUGGGUGGUGAUUUACUGACCCUGCUCAGUAAAUUCGAAGACAAGCUUCCAGAAGAUAUGGCAAGAUUCUACAUCGGUGAAAUGGUGUUGGCCAUCGAUUCCAUCCAUCAGCUUCACUACGUGCACAGAGACAUCAAACCUGACAAUGUCCUUUUGGACGUGAAUGGUCACAUCCGCCUGGCCGACUUUGGAUCCUGUUUGAAGAUGAGUGACGAUGGAACUGUCCAGUCCUCUGUGGCCGUGGGCACUCCUGACUACAUCUCGCCGGAGAUCCUGCAGGCCAUGGAGGACGGCAUGGGCAAGUACGGCCCCGAGUGUGACUGGUGGUCUCUGGGCGUCUGCAUGUACGAGAUGCUGUAUGGAGAGACGCCCUUCUACGCAGAGUCCCUCGUGGAGACCUACGGAAAGAUCAUGAACCACGAAGAGCGAUUUCAGUUUCCGUCCCACGUCACGGAUGUGUCUGAAGAAGCCAAAGACCUCAUCCAAAGACUCAUCUGCAGCAGAGAGCGCCGGCUGGGCCAGAAUGGGAUAGAAGACUUCAAAAAGCAUGCGUUCUUUGAAGGUCUGAAUUGGGAAAAUAUACGAAACCUGGAAGCACCUUAUAUUCCCGACGUGAGCAGUCCUUCUGACACCUCCAACUUCGACGUGGACGACGACGUGCUGAGAAACACCGAAAUACUACCUCCUGGUUCUCACACAGGCUUCUCUGGGCUCCAUUUGCCAUUCAUCGGCUUUACAUUUACAACGGAAAGCUGCUUUUCUGACCGAGGCUCCCUAAAGAGCAUAAUGCAGUCCAACACGCUGAGCAAAGACGAGGGUGUGCAGCGGGACCUGGAGAACAGCCUGCAGGUGGAAGCGUACGAGAGGAGGAUCCGGAGGCUGGAGCAGGAGAAGCUGGAGCUGAGCAGGAAGCUGCAAGAGUCCACCCAGACGGUGCAGUCCCUGCACGGCUCCACCCGGGCCCUGGGCGGCGCAGCCCGCGAUAAGGAAAUCAAAAAGCUAAAUGAGGAGAUAGAGCGUCUGAAGAAUAAAAUAGCAGACUCCAAUAGGCUCGAGCGACAGCUGGAGGACACGGUGACCCUUCGCCAGGAGCAUGAGGAUUCCACACAGCGGCUGAAAGGCCUGGAGAAGCAGUACCGCGUGGUGCGGCAGGAAAAGGAGGAUUUUCACAAGCAACUGAUCGAAGCUUCCGAGCGAUUGAAGUCCCAGGCCAGAGAGCUCAAAGACGCCCACCAGCAACGCAAGCUGGCCCUGCAGGAGUCCUCCGAGCUGAACGAGCGCAUGGCAGAACUCCGCUCCCAGAAGCAAAAGGCAUCCCGGCAGCUGCGGGACAAAGAGGAAGAGGUAGAGGUAGCCAUGCAGAAGAUCGACUCCAUGCGGCAGGAAAUCCGCAAGUCGGAGAAGUUGAGGAAGGAGCUGGAAGCCCGCCUGGAGGACACCGUCGCCGAGGCCUCCCGGGAGCGCAAGCUUCGCGAGCACAGCGAGAACUUCUCCAAGCAAGUGGAGAGUGAGCUCGAGGCCCUCAAGAUGAAGCAAGGAGGCCGGGGCCCGGGGGCCACCUUAGAACAUCAGCAGGAGAUUUCCAAAAUCAAAUCUGAACUUGAGAAGAAAGUCCUGUUCUAUGAAGAGGAGUUGGUCAGGCGUGAGGCCUCCCAUGUGCUGGAAGUAAAAAAUGUGAAAAAGGAGGUACACGAUUCGGAAAGCCACCAGCUGGCCCUGCAGAAGGAAGUUCUCGUGCUGAAAGACAAAUUGGAAAAGUCAAAGCGAGAACGGCACGCCGAAAUGGAGGAAGCAGUCGGCACGAUAAGAGACAAAUACGAGCGCGAAAGGGCGAUGCUGUUUGAGGAAAACAAGAAGCUGACAGCUGAGAACGAGCGGCUUUGUUCCUUUGUGGAUAAACUCACAGCUCAAAAUAGACAGCUGGAGGAUGAACUACAGGACCUGGCGGCCAAGAAGGAGUCGGUGGCCCACUGGGAAGCCCAGAUCGCAGAGAUCAUUCAGUGGGUCAGUGACGAGAAAGAUGCCCGAGGUUACCUUCAGGCUCUUGCUUCCAAGAUGACCGAAGAGCUCGAGACACUGAGGAGCUCCAGUCUGGGAUCGAGAGCACUGGACCCCCUUUGGAAAGUGCGCCGUAGUCAGAAGCUAGACAUGUCUGCACGGCUAGAGUUGCAAUCUGCUCUUGAGGCGGAGAUCCGGGCCAAACAGCUUGUUCAAGAGGAGCUGAGGAAAGUCAAAGAUGCGAAUCUCUCCUUUGAAAGUAAACUAAAGGAUUCCGAAGCCAAAAAUAGAGAAUUAUUAGAAGAAAUGGAAAUUUUGAAGAAAAAGAUGGAAGAAAAAUUUAGAGCAGAUACUGGAUUGAAACUUCCAGAUUUUCAGGAUUCUAUUUUUGAGUAUUUCAACACUGCACCUCUUGGACACGAUCUGACAUUUAGAAGCAGCUCCACUGGGGAGCAGGAAACACAAGCCCCGAAGCCAGAGGUGUCCCCGUCGGUGUCUGUGGCUGCAACCACAGAGCAGCAAGAAGACAUGGCUCGGGCCCCACAGAGGCCGCCCACCGUGCCGCUGCCCACCACGCAGCCCCUCGCUCUGGCUGGACCAAAGCCAAAAGCUCACCAGUUCAGCAUCAAGUCCUUCUCCAGCCCCACACAGUGCAGCCACUGCACCUCCCUGAUGGUGGGGCUGGUCCGCCAGGGCUACGCCUGCGAGGUGUGCUCCUUCGCUUGCCACGUGGCCUGCAGAGACAGCGCUCCCCAGGUGUGCCCUAUCCCUCCUGAGCAGUCCAAGCGGCCGCUCGGUGUGGACAUGCAGAGAGGCAUAGGGACGGCCUACAAGGGCUACGUCAAGGUCCCAAAGCCUACCGGGGUGAAGAAGGGGUGGCAGCGGGCUUAUGCGGUGGUCUGUGACUGCAAGCUCUUCCUCUACGACCUGCCUGAAGGAAAAUCCACCCAGCCUGGCGUUGUCGCCAGCCAGGUCCUGGACCUCAGGGACGAGGAGUUCUCGGUGAGCUCGGUCCUGGCCUCAGAUGUCAUACAUGCUUCUCGCCGAGAUGUCCCGUGUAUAUUCAGGGUGACAGCCUCUCUCUUAGGGACACCUUCUAAGACCAGCUCACUGCUCAUUCUGACAGAAAAUGAGAACGAAAAGAGGAAGUGGGUUGGGAUUCUAGAAGGACUGCAGUCGAUCCUCCACAAGAACCGCUUGAGGAACCAGAUCGUGCACGUCCCGCAGGAGGCCUACGACAGCACGCUGCCUCUCAUCAAGGCCGUCCUGAGCGCCGCCGUCGUGGAUGGGGACAGGAUCGUGGUCGGCCUGGAAGAAGGGCUCUAUGUCAUAGAGGUGACCCGUGAUGUGAUCGUCCGCGUUGCCGACUACAAGAAAGUGUACCAGAUCGAGCUCGCUCCCAAAGAGAAAAUCGCCGUCCUCCUCUGCGGCCGCAACCACCACGUCCAUCUCUGUCCGUGGUCUGCCUUUGAUGGGGCGGAGAGCAAUGUCGACAUCAAGCUUCCGGAAACAAAAGGCUGCCAGCUCAUAGCGACUGCAACCUUGAAGAAGAGCUCUUCCACCUGCCUGUUCGCGGCCGUGAAGCGGCUGGUCCUCUGCUAUGAGGUCCAGAGAACUAGGCCUUUCCACAGGAAGUUCAAUGAGCUGGUGGCCCCCGGGCCCGUGCAGUGGAUGGCCGCGAUCAAAGACAAGCUCUGUGUGGGCUACCCUUCUGGGUUCUGUGUGCUGAGCCCCCAGGGGGACGGGCAGGCUCUAACCCUGGUAAAUCCCAGUGACCCCUCGCUCACGUUCCUCUCACAGCAGUCUUUUGAUGCCCUUUGUGCUGUGGAGCUCAAAAGCGAGGAGUACCUGCUUUGCUUCAGCCACAUGGGACUGUACGUGGACCCGCAAGGCCGGAGGUCACGCAUGCAGGAGCUCAUGUGGCCUGCGGCGCCUGUUGCCUGUAGUUGCAGCCCCUCCCACGUCACGGUGUACAGCGAGUACGGCGUGGACGUGUUCGACGUGCGCACCAUGGAGUGGGUGCAGACCAUCGGCCUGCGCAGGAUAAGGCCGCUCAACUCCGAGGGCACCCUCAAUCUGCUCAGCUGCGAGCCCCCCCGCUUGAUCUACUUCAAGAGCGAGAACUCGGGAACGGUCCUCAACGUGCCCGACACAUCCGACGGCAGCAAGAAGCAGAUGCUGCGGACCAGGAGCAAGAGGCGGUUUGUGUUCAAGGUGCCGGAGGAGGAGCGGCUGCAGCAGCGGCGAGAGAUGCUCAGAGACCCAGAAUUGAGGUCCAAAAUGAUCUCCAACCCGACCAACUUCAACCACGUGGCCCACAUGGGCCCGGGCGACGGGAUGCAGGUGCUCAUGGACUUGCCUCUGAGCGCCGUGCCCCCCUCCCAGGAGGAAAGGCCUGGCCCUGCUCCCCCCGGCCUGUCCCGGCAGCCUCCCCCGAGGAACAAGCCCUACAUCUCGUGGCCCUCGUCAGGUGGGUCGGAGCCCGGAGUGGCUGUGCCCCUUAGGAGUAUGUCCGACCCCGACCAGGACUUUGACAAAGAGCCCGACUCGGAUUCGACCAAACACUCGACUCCAUCGAACAGCUCCAACCCCAGUGGCCCCCCAAGCCCCAACUCCCCGCACAGGAGCCAGCUCCCCCUGGAAGGCCUGGAGCAGCCGGCCUCCGACGCCUGAAACCGCCAGCCUGCUGCCUCACCACCGUGGGGCCCGGGAGCUGGGGGCGGUCUCCACUGUCAGUGCCAAGACUGAGCUGACUCUCCAGUGUUGUCCGAGGAAACAUAGACUCAAUUUGUAGAUAUGGAGAUAAAAAUCUUUAUUAUAGUAAUGAUCAGUUACACGCCGCAUGGGCUGUGGCGGUAGACCGGAUCCACUCUUCUGCACAGCUGUGAGGAAACACUGUUCCGUUUGCACGUGAAGGACCAGCACCCAGCCCAGAACAAGCUGAGAAGGCGCACGGGGCCCCGCAGACACCCAGUGGGCCCAGCGCAGCCCUGCUGAGGAAGUAGCUCGGAACGCAGCCUCAGUGACGAGCCUGUUCCCUAUUUCCUGAAACUUUCCUAGGACCUUAGGAGAAUAGUAGGAAGUUGUGUGUCAUUCCCAGUGUCACUAGAAUUGUGAAGACAGGAAAGUGGAGGUCAGUUGGUGGCCUUUUUAUUCAUUUAGCCAUCACAGUCAGCUGCAGACUACCUUCCGCCGACCUCGUAGCCAUGGACACAGGCCCCUGGUGAGUGACACCUGCCCUGGGUCCCUUGUGUGUGUUAGUCCAUUCCCGGUCACAACCGUCAAGCGUCACCUGUAUCUACUACUGUGAAGUCAGCUCACUUCCACAGCUUCUGCCUCACCGCAAAACCGGGGAGCGUCGAGCAGCAUCCAGGCCGAGGCCUGCUGGGCGAGAGGAGGCCAGCACCCCCGACGCCCCGCCCCUGCAUGGAGCCCUGUGAUUAGUGCCCAUAUGCAUCAUGUAGACUCGCCCGACACACUCCUGCACAUUGGCUCGGCCCGCGUAUUUACUCUCACCCUUCCUUGCUCACGUGUUGAGUGAUCGGGUUUGUGGCCUGUCCCAUUAAAGGCUGAUGGUUAACUGGCCAGCAGACAGCUGGUCUUUGGCCCAGGACGGGCUUCUCCCCACUCUCCCGCUGGUCGACGUUCUUGGCGACGCUGUUUAAGACGUGCACUUACCUUGAGUUGGCACUGAGUGACGUGGGCACCACGGCCUGCCUGUGCGUGUCACACGCCCAGCACCUGCCCGCCCGCCCACCUCCCUGGGCCUUCUGCUGGGGCUGGCACCUGCUGGGGGUUCUGGUUUUUACUUUUUUAAUGUAAGUCUGAGUCUUUGUAAUUAUUGAAUCGUGAGAACAUUUUUGAACAAUUUACCUGUCAAUAAAGCAGAUGACAGCAA